ACUUCUAGAGAGAGAAAGUAAGAGUUCCCUCGCCGUAGUGUCCCUCCAGCGCCACCGCCGUCACUCCGUCGCUUGUUUCCGGCUCCACACUAGGUUAGUUUUCCUCGGCUUCGCUUUCCCAUGUCCUCCCAGUCCUCAGUUGUGCGUGAGUCCGCAUCCGAGCGCGACGCCCAGGGUUCCGCCUUAGGCACCGCCCAAGAGAGUAACUCCUGCACGCCCUCUAUCGAGGAGAUUGUAGCGGUUAAGGUCUCAUCUCAGUCCGAACCUCGCCACCAGAGGCGAACCGCUAUGGAGGACUCGGGAAUUCGUGCGCAGAAGUGCACCCUUAAAGGGGACGAGUUCCGCAAGGCGAAGCGCCUUGCCUCGGCUCCAGGAGUGACCGUGCGUCGCCCCACUCCCAAGGAGCCCGUUUUUUACGCCCCUUCGGGCUCCUUCGCCAUCCACCUCAAGUCCCUUGAAUAUGGGUUCCAUUUCCCCCUCCAUCAAUUAGUCAUCGAUUUCUUCCUCCACUUCGAUCUUCUCCCCUGCCAAGUGGUACCCAAAUCCCACCGCUACUUGGCGGGGUUCCUCGUCCGUUGCCAAGGACGACGAAGCGCAUCAUUGAAGUGCAUCAUCUCGACAUUGCAAGACAAUGUCACAUGAACCGGGCCAAUUAUAAAUAGCGGAUUUAUGUUUAAUGAAAUUACUCAAUUAUC